CCUCUUCGUAGUGCAGCUAUGAAUUUCCUGUGAGUUGAAACGAUGUGUCGCAGGCAUCUCGCGGGAGUUUGUAUUUCGAUUUAAGUAGACACUUCAUGUGAUCUUACACAGCUGAGGCACUGACAGAGAGAGAGGGAUGGCAUGCAGCGGCCAGACGGAGAAGUUUGAGCUACAUGUUCCGAAACUGGAAGAACUAUGUGAAGUUUUGCAUGAUGGUCUGAAAACUAAUUUUGCUGAUGCACAAGUCAGUGUGGUGGACUGCCCAGAUCUGUCCCAGCAUCCGUUUGGAUUUCCUGUCAAGGGAUUGUGCGGGAAACCUCGCAUAACGGAUGUCGGCGGUGUUCCCUACUUAGUUCCUCUGGUGCAGCUGGACAAGGUGUAUAGUAUGAACACUGUCGCCAAAGAGUUAGAACUGCCGAGAGCUUUCAUUCUGGGGGCAGGGGCAGUGUCCUCCAAAACUGUAGGAAUGAAUGCUGAGCUCAUGCCUCUAGUCCUCACUGAAGGCGAGGGACAGGCAGCGGUGAAUGGAAGCUACUUUUCCUCCAUUAACCCAUCUGACGGGAAAUGCCUGCUGGAGAAAUACAGCGAUAAGUUCCCUGACUGCGAUUUUGGACUCUUGGCCAACCUUUAUGCAUGUGAAGGUAAACCUGGAAAGGUCAUUGAAGUGAAGGCCAGCAGGAGAACUGGAGAGGAUAGUCUGGUGUCGUGCCUGAGGAAAACCUUGGAGAAACAUUACAGUGAUAAAAGUCUGGCUCUUGGGGGCACUUUUGUCAUUCAGAAAGGGCAAGCGAAAAUUCACAUCAUGCCGAGGGAGUUCUCAGCCUGCCCUCUCAACAGCAACGAUGAUGUGAACAAGUGGCUGAAACACUUCACUGUGAGCGCCCCUCUGAUCUGCCAAUCUGUGCUGGUAUCCAGGGACCCUGGUUUGGAUUUGCGUGUGGAGCACACCCACUGCUUCAGUCACCAUGGUGAGGGGGGGCACUACUACAUAGACACCACGCCAGACACCGUGGAAUAUCUGGGCUACUUCAUGCCUGCAGAGUUCAUCUACCGUAUUGAUCGUCCCCAGAACACCCACGUGAUUGGACGGUACUGAAAAUCAAAAGUAACAACUCUCCCACAACCAACAUUGAGAAUUAUUUGUAGUGCAGUGUAGUGAUAAAAAAACUUUCUGACCUUCAGUUCUUUCAUUCAUCUUGUAUCAUCUAUGAAAUAUUG